AAUGAUAGAUUUUAGCUUCAUAAAUUACGACUAGUGGUAAAAUUUUAUAAUCAGAUCCUAGAUUUUUACGACUUGAUGUAUUACAAUGUGUUGGUAUGAUUGUUUUAAAUCUCAUUAGUCAUUUGCUGCUCCUCUCAUCGUCAGAUCGUCUAUAUCUGUGAAUACUAUUGCUUGCUGCGGCUGGAUCUAUUUUAUUGUCAUUGUUUGAGCCAGCAUCGAUUGUAGUAAAACAUCAUAUGAUAUGUAGAAAGUAGUAAGUAAAUUUCUGACAGUUUUGAUAAUAUAUCUCCUGUUGAGUGUCUUAUUAUUAAAUAAACCUGCUUGUGUCGCCAUUUUGAACAAAUCCUGAAGACGAACGAUCUAACUAUCGGCACGGGCGCACGGCUCAAUAUUUUUACGAUAGUGCCUGGUGUUGAAGUGUUGAGUCUGCUAUGCUGUGAGGGAUGCUAGUGCAGGCAACUGGUUCCUCUGUUGCUGGGAUAUCAACCAUCACAACUUCACCCCUACUUGCCCCGUCUAGCAAGGCAGUAGGGGUUCUUAACAUCACUCAGAAUUAUGACUGUGGCCAUGGUAUCCAACAACUCAGCAGAUGGGCGGUCUCCACAACAGCCCAACUCUGGGAGUGGCCUGGCAGUAACACCACAGUCAACAGCUGCAGGGUCAGGCCAGCAGUCACAGAGCUCCCAAGUAUGUGGUGGGAGCGACAAAGAAGGCUCCUCUUCAGCUGAUGUCUCCUCAGAAGGCACUAACAGCCACGGUGGGAUGAACAACACGUCAAGUGUCAGCACUGCACCGAGCGCUACGACCACCACCACCACCACCACCACGUCACCCAUCCCAAGCUCAGGCAACCACAGCAGCACCAGCAGCAGUGCCUUCCCUCCCGACAGCAGUUGUGCCGAGGAUGUUCCCGAACCUGACUUUCCCAUUGCAGCUCUCUCAAGGCUUGACGAGAUGAUUCACAGACAGCGAUGGGUAGUGCCUGUGUUACCAGAGUCUGAGCUGGAGGUGCUGCUGGAAGCCUCUAUUGAUCUUGCUAAGAAAGGCAUUGACACGCGCAGUGAGGCGUGCCAAAGAUUCUUCAGGGAGGGGCUUACUCUAUCAUUCACCAAAAUUUUAACUGAUGAAGCAGUAAAUAGUUGGAAGUAUGAAAUUCAAAAAUGCGUUCUAAGUAACUGUGAGAAGUUGGUUGAACUCAUUGUUCUGAAGCUGCCACACGACUGGUUCCCAUUGCUGGACCUCUUGGCAACCCUUUGCAACCCAAUAUGCAAGUUCCACACAUUUAACAGCAAUAGGAACCCAGAAUCGAUUCCUGCAAACCAGAAGCUGUCCCCAGCGCACCAAGCAUCAGUGCAGUCACAAGAGCCUGAUGGCGGUGAUAAUACCUUCCCUACUGAUGGCAUUUUUGCCCCACAGCCGAGCACUUCAGAGGACAAGGACCAGGGAUUAUCUGAUCUGAUAUGCCCUUCUACUUCUGGACCGUCGCCUGAGAGUUCAGGAGCAGCAACAACUUCCUCCUCCUCAAUAGCCUCGCCUAUAGAAGCGGCCACCGCGUCAUCUCUUCUGAGCGUUCCUGUCCACAAACGCAUUUAUGCAAAGCCUCAUGAUUAUAGGCAUCCCAGAGGAUGGCUGGUUGAUCUUAUCAAUUAUUUCGGAAAACUUGGAGGAUUUGACAAGCUCCUGGAGCGCUUUCAGUGUGGCCGCAACUUGUCCGUGCCUGUGAUGUGUUCAUUGCUGCGACCCUUUGGCCAAUGUUAUGAAUUUCUUACCGUCAGCACAAUAGAAACCUUCUUCAUGCCCAUCAUUGAUUUGGUGCUGGGCUUUUUAGAGAAUCUGACCGACGAGGAGCUCAAGAAAGAAGCCAAGAUUGAGGCAAAGAACGACGCCCUUAGCACCAUCAUCAAGUCUGUUCAGAUGCUCGCCUCGCGCGUCCCAACCAGACAAGAGACUGCUAAAACAUUAGAAAUGUUUCGCCUUAAGAUGAUACUCAGGUUACUCCAGAUAUCCUCUUUCAACGGUAAGAUGAACGCUUUAAAUGAAGUCAACAAAGUAAUAAGCAACGUUAAUUACCCGAGCCUGCGCCAUCCUACCUUACCGACGACGGUGGCCCAGCACGAGGAUGAGGACUGGCUCACUGCACCCAGAUUCGCUGAGUGGAUUAAGGAGAACAGAGUCCUGCAAAUAGUUCUCCGUGACUCCCUCCACCAGCCGCAGUAUGUGGAAAAACUGGAGAAAAUUAUUCGUUUCAUUAUAAAAGAAAAGGCGUUGAGUUUAGACGACCUAGAUGAUAUAUGGCUGGCACAGCACGGCAAACACGAGGCUAUAGUUAAGAACGUUCACGACUUGCUGGCUAAAUUGGCUUGGGACUUCAGUCCUGAGCAGCUCGACCAUCUCUUCGAGAGGUUCCAGUCGAGCUGGCGAGACGCGAGCAAGAAGCAGCGGGAGAAGCUGCUGGAGCUCAUCAGGAGACUUGCGGAGGACGACAAGGACGGCGACAUGGCACACAAGGUGCUGACUUUGCUGUGGUCGCUGGCGCGAUCUGCCGACGUUCCUACGGAGAUUCUGGACCAAGCUUUGAGCGCCCAUGUCAAGAUCCUCGACUACUCUUGUUCUCAGGAUCGCGACAAUCAGAAGCGCAUGUGGCUGGACCAGUGCGUGCAGGAGCUCAAAAAUGACAAGUGGGUGCUGCCUGCACUCAAGCAAAUCAGGGAGAUUUGUUGCUCGUACAACGAAGCUCCUGCCAACUACUCCCAGCACCGGCCAGUUACUCACGUCUCGUACAGACACGAUGUAAUCUCCAAGCUACAGAACCAACACUCUCUGGUGGUGCUUGUCACUGAGAAUCUCACGGCCUACAUGAAACAGAUCAGGACUAUUGCUCAGGAGAAACCUGGCAUCAGUCCUGUGAACAUCGUGCCAGACGGUCGCUACAAUCACAUCGUGCAGGUGCAAGACAGGUUAAGCUUCCUACGCUUCCUACUGAAAGAUGGACAGUUGUGGCUGUGCGCUCCACAAGCGAAACAGAUCUGGCACUGCCUUGCUGAAAACGCAGUCUUCACUGCAGACCGCGAAGCUUGCUUCAAGUGGUUUUCUAAACUAAUGGGAGACGAACCUGACUUGGACCCUGAUAUCAAUAAAGAAUUUUUUGAGAACAAUAUCUUGAUGCUCGACCCUAAGCUCCUUACAGAACACGGUAUGCGCUGCUUCGAUCGUUUCUUCAAGGCUGUGAAUUUUAAAGAAAAUAAGUUGAUGCUCAAAAGGCGCACCUAUUUAACAGAUGAUGUUGACCUCAUUGGUACAGACUAUUUGUGGAAAAUACUUUUGUGUGGUAGUGAAGACAUGGCUAACAGAGCCAUUGAGUUGCUUAAAGAAACUUUCACAAACCUGGGACCCCGACUCUUGCCUCUACAAGGUGCCAUUCAUGAAGAAUUUGUGAACAACGCUAUGUCGCGUCUGAAAGCCAUGGCCAGCACAGUGUCUUGUCUCAGCCACAGCGACGCUUGUGAGACGCUAAAGCAGGAAACAACUCGCAUGUGUCGCGUACUGAAAGUCUUGUAUGAGUAUGUGGUUGAAUGUGAUGGUGAGUUUGGUGACGAGCGCACCAUUUUACCGCUUAAUCGUGCUUGGCGUGGUAAACACAUGUCAGUGACUGUGCGCUUCCAGUCACAAACACGUCAGCCAGAAGAGGUGGAACUGUGGACCCACACAAACGACACAGUGGGGUCACUUCGGCGUCAGCUGAUGCAGCGGCUCAAAGCUGCGCCGCCCAACAUGCGUGUUGAGAUGUAUCACAAUAACGAGCUCCUCGACCCUUCCAACGAUAGCAAAGUCAUCUCGACGCUGCCUCUUAAGGAUAAAAUGGUGUUGACGGGCAAGCUAGCUCAGGUAGGCAACAAUUUGCCUUCUUCACCAGAUUCUUCUUCCGAUUCUUCGCCGGGCUCUCCUCAUCACCCAUAUGAUGGUCCCAACAACGAAGCCGAGAACUGCUUGCCAGGGGUGAUAUUAGCUCGUAACCGCGUGGACGCGACCUUCAUAGUGGAGCUUGCUGAUCUCGGCUGCACUCUUCAGCUGCCCGCCCUCAGAGACGCUGCUAGGGCUCUGCUCUCAGUCAUGCCUGCAGGGCAUCACACGGUGGUUGAAUUAACUUCGAUCUGCGUGGAGCACGCCAUGUCUUCCACUUCGCCCGUGUCGGGCAAGUUGGAAAAACUUCUAUUCUUUUCUAGCCCCUCUACCGUACUCUACAAUCUCCAGGUGAUGUACUCGAUGCUCAUGCCUGCUGCAAAUCUCCUUAGUGAAAAAGCAAUAGAAUUCCAAUUCAAUUUUAUGAGAAGUGGAGGUGUGAAGCUCGUCAUUGGCAUGCUCACCAAAAAUAACUUUUUAUCGGAAGCUGAUGUUAGCACAAAAAGAUCUGCGCUACUCCUGGUUGUGAAGAUAGCCAAAUUAGUGUUCGUGACGGUAGGCUACACGUUCGCCAGCAUCUUGACCGCUCACUCGCCGGCAUCUGGAGCUGUGAACGGAGGAGUUCCUUGUGAAGGGCUCGCAGGCGCCGCAGUGUUAGCUCUUAAUGAGGGCGUGCAGCUGAAUGUCCUGCAACAGGCCCUGCCGCACAUCCCCAGCAGCGUGGGUGACUGCAUGAUCAGGAGUGUUGCCUUGGCGCUCUCCAAAACUCUGGUGCACAACAUCAGUGCCUCUCCAGCCUCCUCGCAGUUGUUGUGUGGGGUGGUGCCUGAUCACUCGCUGGUCAACUCUCUACUAUCGAUCAUCUGGUCAUGCUCUGCUGGAGCUCCUCACCUCAUCACUGGAUCCGGCGACACGCAGGGCUCCAGUGACCAGACCACCAAAAACAAUAACGUGUCGCUUGCCUCGUCAUCUGGCGGAGGAGAACCCGUGCGAGCCAUGCCUGAUGCUGAAGACUUGCAGCUCUGCUGCGAAGCACUCGAGACUCUCGCGGUCGUCCUCAUGCUGUGUCCUGCUGUGCUUGAGAAACUUUCUAAGGACUCUCAGUUCAAGCAGCUAGUGAUAUCAUUGGUGCUGGGUCAAUGUGACAAGACUAUUCGGCACUGUGCUGUGGAUCAGCUGCUUCUUAUAGCGACCAAGUGUACUUCUUCAUCCAACACUCUAGUGUUGUUCAUUGCUAUGCUCUUCAAUGUCCUUAAUGCGGCUGAUCUUCAACAUCCGUCCGGUAUUAAAACCCCGGCAAUUGCCUACACCAAGGAAUAUUUUCAACUAUUGUGCGGAUUACUUCACUCCGCUUGUGCGACUGGGGUCGGCAUCAACGAAGUAGAAUCGCUGUUGGAGUCAGAAGUUAUUUGGCUUAAAAGUGUGGCGCGCUACACACGAGCUGCUGCCGCCGCCGCUGCGUCUCACAACAAACUUGGGGACGCUGCUGUUCAAGAAAGUGGGCCUUCCAGCGUCGCUACUACCAGCACUGGAGGCUCUUGUACUGUUGCCACCUCCAGCAAAGGGUCCAGCAAUGGCGAGACUGCAGUUGGAACAUCAUCUCCAUUGGGCUUUUCUGCUCUGCCGACUCCAGAUCCUACUCUCUUGGAAGGACACUUGAACGUCACUAGAGAAUUGCUUGCAUUCCUAAGCCCCCAUACCAAGUAUUGUGUUGGUGGCGACCCAAACACUGGCAUUCUUCUCAUCUUAGAAAUCAUUGAAGAUUUUAUAUUUCCCUUUUCUAAAGUAUAUUUACAAUUAGAACAAUCGACGGUGAUCCCGACCGAACAUGUAAACCCUGUGUGCUCGACGCAAGCAACUGUGAUAGCAGCCUACGAUCUCCUAGUCACUCUCUGCACCGGCUGUGCUCCUAACCUCGCUAUUGUUGCCGACAUGCUCACCAAAAUGUUUUACUCAGCAAAUGAAGAGUGCAUCAGGGAGUGGGAGUAUCUGCCUGCUGUAGGACCACGUCCGCCUAAAGGUUUUGUGGGACUUAAGAACGCUGGUGCCACGUGCUACAUGAACUCUGUGCUGCAGCAGCUCUACAUGAUUCGUCAAGUCAGGGAGGGAGUGCUGGGUGUAGAAGGAGCUGCUACAGACCCUGAAGAGGACUUCAGUGGAGAAGAGCGUGCCGAGGCCGAGUCCGCUAAUGAUGGUAAUGAGGAGGAGUUCUCCGGCGAAGGCAGUGGCAGCGAACAGUCCCGCAAAGAAUACAAUAUUUCGAUACUCAAGCAAGUCCAAGCCAUCUUCGCCCAUCUUGCCUGCUCCAAGCUGCAGUAUUACGUCCCCAGAGGACUUUGGAAGGACUUCAAACUGCAAGGCGAGCGUGUGAACUUGCGCGAACAGCACGACGCAUGUGAGUUCUACAACAUGGUUGUUGAGAGCAUUAAUGAAGCUCUGAAGGCAUUGGGCUACCCACAGCUCCUUAACACCUACUUAGGCGGCUCCUUUUCCGAUCAAAAGAUCUGCAAAAGCUGUCCUCACAGAUACUCACGAGAAGAGGCAUUCACUGUAAUUAGCAUAGAUAUUCGAAACUAUAGUAAUUUACCAGACUCUCUAGAGCAGUACGUUAAAGGCGACCUGCUCGAAGGAGACAACGCCUACCUCUGUGAGAAAUGCGACAAGAAAGUAGACACGGUCAAACGGAUAUGCCUGAAGAAACUUCCGCCCAUCCUUGCAAUUCAAUUGAAAAGGUUCGACUACGACUGGGAGAGAGAAACUUCCAUCAAAUUUAACGACUAUUUCGAAUUUCCACGAGAACUUGAUAUGGAUCCAUACACAGUGCGAGGGCUUGCUCGAAAUGGCGAACUCAUUGCCUUCGACGAGUCUGACUUGGAGGGCGGAUCUGAAUGGUGCAGCCGCUACCGACUCACCGGCAUCGUUGUUCACUCCGGUCAAGCGAGCGGCGGUCACUAUUACAGCUACAUCUGUCAUCGAAGUGGACAUGAAAGUAAAUGGUACAAGUUUGAUGACGGCGAAGUGACUGAAUGUCGUAUGGAGGAUGAUGAAGAAAUGAAGAACCAGUGCUUUGGAGGUGACUACAUGAGCGAACAAGUUUUUGACAACAUGAUGAAACGAGUUAGCUACCGCCGCCAAAAACGCUGGUGGAACGCCUACCUUCUCUUCUACACCCGUGAAGACGUUGACAAGGAGCAGAUGAUUUCUUCCUUGUCUGAGAUGUCAAUAGCGGAUAGACCCAGCCUGCUGAAGAUGCCAGUGGCCAUGGAACGCUCUGUUGUGAGGCAGAAUGUGCGUUUCAUGCACUCCCGCUCGCAGUUCUCCGUUGACUACUUCCACUUCCUCAAAAAGCUUCUCAUGGCAAAUCAUUCUUUCGUUCAGAGGGCUCCUGCCGAUAAAGUGCGAGAGGUUGAGCAAAUUGGUCUGGUGAGCACCCAGCUUGGCAGCAAAUUCCUGUUCAUGGUUGGCCUGCACACGAAGAAGACCCUCAGAGGACCAGCCCAGGAGUGGUACGACGCUCUCCAUGUUCACUUGCGUUCGUCGAGCCGCAGUCGAGUGUGGUUUGUGAAGCACUUGCUCUUUGGUAGCGGUUUACCAUUGAGUGAAUACUUGCUCGAGUGUCCCACAGCCGAGGUGCGACUCGUCUUCAGCAAGUUGUUGGUGACUGUGGCUCACUCGACGCGCUCAGAUCCGCCGCUCACCGGGGUUGCCUUGUCAGCUGCUGCUGCCGCUCACGCUUCAUUGUGGAGCAGCCUGAGUGACCAAGUGUUAAGUGCUGUGCUCAUGUUGGUGCAUCGGGAGCUAGCCGAGCAUUGCCGUCAUCUGCCUCAAUACUUCCAUUUCUUCAACAUGUACGCCGCACUUGGCUUGCCAGAGAAGCGGCAGCUUCUUAAGCUAAAUGUAGCUGAGACGUUGAUGAGUCUAGCAGUGGACGAAGUGGCUGGUCCUGGCUUGAAGUCCUCUUGUGCUGACCUCACGAAGCUGUACCAGGUUGUUGCUCAGCUCAUUCGGUGCUGUGACCUCUCGUCCAAGUGCCACUCUUCAGUGCCCAACACCACUCCUCUCCCGAACCCUCACAGAGACCACACUUGCCAGCAGCUCCUCAUGAUCAUCCAGCCCAGAGUUGCCGAGUUGCUUUUUGGAAAGCCCAUCUACAUCAAGAAAGUGAUCGAGGAAGCCCAUAGUAGCGAGGAGACGGUGAAGCUCCUGAAGUAUUGCUGCUGGGAAAAUCCAAACUUCUCUUCUGUUGUCCUUGCGGAGCUGCUUGCACAGGUUGCUUAUGCAUACACGUACGAAAUGCGACCGUUCAUAGACCUCCUACUGCACAUGCUGACACUUGAAGACUCCUGGCAAGAACACAGAUUACACAACGCACUAAAGGGCAUUCCAGACGAGCGAGAGGGUCUGCUCGAGAUUGUGCAGCGGACCAAAAGUCACUAUCAGAAGCGUGCGUACCAGUGCGUUAAAUGCCUCGUGACGUUGUUCUCCUCCUGCCCUGCUGCCGCUCUCAUGCUGGCUGGUACUCCGGAAAUUAAGCGUCGGUACACGGAGUGCGUUGAAUGGCUCAAUGAAGAACUAAAUCGUCGCAAUUUCUCGGUGGCGAGCCAACAGUAUUACAACAGCUGGUCUCCACCUGCACCAAGCAAUGAAACCAGCAACGGCUAUUACCUGGAGCGAUCAGCCAGUGCUAAAAUUACGCUCGAGAAGGCGUUGGAGCUUUGUCCUGAGGAGUGCGAACAAGAAGCAGAUGACGAGGCAGGAGACGAGGGUAGUAGCAACAAUAGUCAGGCAUCUGCUGCGCCUGCCGCUGGCGCCGAUAAUAAGAUAGAGGCUCCGGGACAGCAACAGCAACCGCAAGCGCCUCCACAACAGCCUCAACAGGAUCCUGAUGGGAACGCUCUUGAAGCUCCUUAUUGAGCUCAGACCAUCGUUACCAGGCUGGACACUAACCGCUUCGUACAGGGACAAGAAAGAAAAAGGAUUCGAGUCUUCUUCGCCUAAGAAUGAUUGACAUCGGUAAUGCAAAUUAUAAAGCUGUGCCCCAUGACGACGGCGAUAUUUAUCAGGAACGUGUUUGAAUUAUUAGCCACGAUAAAUUUCUCUGAAAUAAGCUAAUUUCUCAAGUCUUUGUUGUUGUGUUCUGUUAGCAUAUCUUCGUAAAAGAUUACUCGUAUCAUCAGCAAUUAUUUGCCGCUAGUAUUUUUUCACCCCCUGAUUCCUAAUUAGACUUUAUUAAUCACGCCACUGUUCCAUAGUAUCUGCCGAAUUUUAUCUUGAUCUUUCCUUGUAAGAAUAUUCUCUUGCAUGGAACACUUUAUUUCGAUAUUUUUUGUUUUAAUCGUGAUUUAUUCUUAUUUUAAUUGUCCACUUGCAAUGCAAGCAUAAUUUUGCAGAGAAUAUUAUUGGUAUGCACAAUUGUUUUCUAUGGCUCUUGAAGAGCCAUGUCAUCGAUAUGAUAUUCACACAAGGAUUGUGAUUAACGCCACGGUCUGGGGAGCACGAGUUUUCAUUAAUAUUUAUCAUUUUGAAAGAGCUCUUUUGAGUUAAGUUGGUAUUAACAUACUCAAGGAAAGCUAACGUUUAUCAAUGGCCCGCAUAUUGCUGGGCUUACGUCUUUUCACGUCUUCUGUUCUACAUUCUAAGACGUUUUUAUUAAUAACUUUGAAGAUGCAAGCACAGACUUAAGAGUCUGGGAAAGCUACUUUUUCUAUAGGCAUUACUGCGUUCCCAAUAAUUGGAAAUAGAAUUUAGGUUAGGCGCACUUUUGUAAGAAGUAUUUAGUGGAUGCUGUGAUAAUAAUACCUUACUUCUCUGUCGCUACUCAACUUAUCGAGACCAAAUAAAUCGUACCGCUAACUUAUGCUGCGUCUUUCACAGCAGGUUUCACGACACACGCGUGCGUUGGAAUUAUUGGCACGCUUCUGUGUUCGUCCUCAGAGUUCAAUGUUCACCGAAAUUCUUCGAAAAACCAAAUUAGCUCCAAACUCUAACAUCAAUUUGUCGGUUCUUAGAGUUCAUUCGUGCAAAUUUACACAAUAGCGUCACUUCGUUUUCCUCAGUGAGCAUCGAAGUGUGGUUUAGUCCAGUUAUUAACGUAUCCCAUUUUCCUUGAAUGGCCUUAUUUCUCAUUCUGUUCAAAGUUGGGAGAACAAUGACUUGUAAAAAAAACUAUUAAGGUCUACAUUGAACUCGUUAUAUACUUGGUCAAGUUCAUUUAAGAAUGAAAUUGCAAAUAUACAUAGAUAAGUUCUAAAUAUUUCAUUCUUUUUUCUUGGCUUGCUGGUUUACUCGCUGAUUUUGAUGUUGUUUUCAGUCAUCGUGAUGUUUAGGAACUGUGAAGUGACCAUAAGUGGCAGUCGAUUUCUAGUCAACGUAUUGAAUUGCCGAUUCUUUUCAUUUCACUGCAAAUACCGAGGCUUUGGCGCUUUCAUUCUUCUAUGACUGUUCUUCCUGAGUUAUAAGUGAACGCUCGUGAAUUGAAAUACGAUUUUCUUUAACAAAUGUUCGUCAAGAAUGACACUGUAAAACCUUGCACUGUCAAUUGAGAGCGAUGGAUCUGGUUACAGCUAUUUGUAUGGUCCUGAUAAGUGAAUAAGUUUUCAACUCAAUUUGCCAUAUGCGACCAAUCGCUAAAAAUAUGGUUCAUAUGGGGAGUUGACUCGGCUCGGCUUUGCGUAGAGGCGUCGUACUGGUGCGCUCCUCUAUUGCAAUCGAAGCAUCUGUCAGGAGCAUAUAGGGUUAAAGUUGAUCGCACUAAAAAAAAUGGAGGAUUUAAACUACGGGAUACAAAUUCUUUUUUACAUUUGUGUAACUCAAGCUUGAAACAUUUUGAUAUCGUUUGUUCAGUGAACCGGUAGUUCCAACCGCUUAAACCUAUAAAAAUGUUUGAGUGUUAUAGUGUGAAAUAAAAUUGGUAUCUCCGAUUCGCUUUGUUAUACUUUCAAUGCUUAUGAGUUAGUUUUCUUUAACUUGAAUUUUCGUAAACUCUACGCUGCAAAAAAAAGCUAAAAUAAGAUGUGUGCAGUUGCUGCUCUCAGCGAGUCCUACUAGCUGUUUCUGUAGUUAAUUGUUCAUUGCAAUCAAUAUCAUCUUUACAAGUAUUGUAGUUGUUAUUUUCUACGUUGUAUCUUAAUUAUCUGUAAACGUGUAGUGUGAUGUGGCUCAAUAAGUAAUUUGUUUAUGCUCGUGAAAAAUGCAUCUGAAGUUUUAUCACUCGAACGUGUAUCGAAAAACUUGAUGCGUCGCUGCCCACAUGGAAUGUAUUUUCUGAUAUAUAUUUUUGAGCUUGACUAUGCCGUAUCUCAACUAGAUAAUUAUAAACUUGAUAUGUAACACUGACUUGCUUGAAGCUUCAGUCGGAAGCGGGACUUUUGCGAGGAUACCUUAACAAAUGCCAGACGUGUGGGCCGGCCGUGAAUGGUGAUGCUUGCGCAUGGUAUCUAAUAAAUAUAUUGUCCCACGGUCUGUUGCUGCCUGUCGUUAUCCUGGGAAUAAGGGACGUAUUGACAUUCAUCAAUCUGGUAAGGAUUGACGCGUCGCCCGUCUAAAGACUUGCUGUGAACGAGCGACGUCGAUCGUCUGCUUCAGACGAUGCCUUCUCUCCUUAGGUUUUUACUAAUGAUAACUGAAGCGCGCUGUGUAAGAUUUGUCUCCGUACAUGUAAAUAUUUAUAUAUAAAACUCGGUCUAGUUACUCUGGAGUCUCCUCACGCGGAAAAAUAAUCUGAUCGCAUUGCCAUCUAUUUUUUUUUUUGAAGGAGCAUAGCAAUUUUCUGUUGACUAGGUGCGGUUUGAAAUUAUUUUUUACGCCCUCUGACGGGAACUAUGAAGCUUCGCUAAUAAUAAAUCUACCUUCGGUAUCCCUACCAGAACUUUGCGUAUUGAAUUGUUAUCUAUAUCCUUACCAAUAAACAUAACAGGAAGAA